UGGUUUCGCCUUUCUGCUAUUUCACGCUAAACAUCAUCCCUCCCAAAAACCCUAAACCAAAUCCCCCACCCCCAAAAAAAAUAAUGCCACCAAAAGCAUCGAAAUCCAAAGAAGCACCGGCAGAGAGGCCGAUUCUUGGCCGAUUCUCAUCGCACCUCAAGAUCGGCAUUGUUGGAUUGCCGAAUGUGGGGAAAUCUACCCUUUUUAAUACUCUUACGAAGCUGUCAAUACCGGCUGAAAACUUCCCGUUUUGCACCAUUGAACCUAAUGAGGCUAGGGUUAAUAUUCCUGACGAGAGAUUCGAGUGGCUUUGCCAGCUGUUUAAGCCGAAAAGCGAGGUUUCAGCAUUCUUGGAGAUUCAUGAUAUAGCUGGAUUGGUUAGAGGUGCACAUCAAGGUCAAGGAUUGGGGAACAGUUUCUUAUCUCACAUUCGUGCUGUUGAUGGCAUUUUUCAUGUUUUGCGAGCAUUUGAGGAUCCUGAUAUUAUCCAUGUUGACGACAUUGUGGAUCCGGUUAGAGAUCUUGAAGUUAUUAGCGCAGAGCUACGACUGAAGGAUAUUGAGUUCAUAGAGAGGAGGAUAGAGGAUGUUGAGAAGAGCAUGAAGAGGAGCAAUGAUAAGCAGUUAAAAAUAGAGCUGGAGUUGUGUCAAAAGGUCAAGGCUUGGCUUGAGGAAGAGAAAGAUGUCCGUUUAGGAGAAUGGAAAGCUGCUGAUAUCGAGAUAUUGAAUACUUUUCAGUUGCUUACUGCCAAGCCAGUUGUCUACUUGAUUAAUAUGAAUGAAAAGGAUUACCAAAGAAAGAAGAACAAGUUUUUGCCCAAGAUACAUGCAUGGGUGCAGGAACAUGGCGGUGAAACCAUUAUUCCUUUCAGCUGUAUAUUAGAGAGAACUCUUGCUGAUAUGCUACCAGAUGAAGCGGCUAAGUAUUGCGAGGAGAACAAGUUACAAAGGUUGGUAUUGAGGAGCCAGUGGCUUGUAAAUAUCUCUCAAGUGUUUUUUUUUUUUUCAUUUGAAGAUCAGGUGAAAUGUUGGCAAAUCAGACGACAGACAAAAGCCCCCCAAGCUGCAGGGACUAUCCACACUGAUUUUGAAAGAGGAUUUAUAUGUGCUGAGGUCAUGAAAUUCGAUGAUCUGAAGGAGCUUGGUAGUGAGUCAGCUGUUAAGGCUGCUGGGAAGUAUAAGCAGGAGGGUAAGACAUACGUUGUCCAAGAUGGAGACAUAAUAUUCUUCAAGUUCAAUGUGUCUGGGGGUGGAAAGAAGUGAGAUUUUAUCCUUCAAAUCUUCCACUGCAAUGAUUGAUGUAUUUUUGGUGGCUAUGCUAGAAAUUUUGUUGGUGCUUGGAAAAAACACUUGAUUUGAGCGGUCAUUUAUGUGACUGUAAAAUCACAACCUCACAGCCCGAACCAAAUGAUUUAAGAAUUGUAAUUUAUAAUCAGGAUCAUGAGCUCUUGGAUUUAUGGUGUAUUGGCAUAUAUUUCUGUUUUGAUACAUCUAGUCGAAUAGUACCAUGGGAGGCCAUAAAAUGGGAUCAAAGAAUUCAUCGCCAUA